AUGGCACCUUACCUAGGAGCAAGCAGCGCGCGCUCGAGCUCCAGCUCGAGGAGUCCUAGCCCUCCCAAUGAGCACUUGGAUGGGUUUAGUGGGCCUGAGCCGAUUGCUAUCGUGGGCAUGGCCUGUCGUUUUCCGGGCCAGUCAGACACGCCGGACGACUUCUGGCAGAUGCUUGUGGACAAGCGAUCCGGGUACUCGGAGCCACCCUCUAACAGGUACAACAUCAACGGCUUUUAUUCUGAAAAGUCCAGGAUUGGAACACUUGGUCUUAAGGGUGGUUACUUUAUCUCCGAACAGUACCAAUUCGACCCACCUUUCUUUGGGAUCACACAGACCGAGGCGGUAGCCAUGGACCCCCAGCAAAGGAAACUGCUCGAGUGUGUUUACGAGGCCCUCGAGUCCGGAGGCAUCUCACUGGACAGCGUGUCCGGCAAGAAUAUUGGGACGUAUGUUGGCAACUUUACUUACGACUAUGCCAUUAUGGCCCUGAGGGAUAUGGAAUACCCCAAGCCUUACAGCAUGACUGGGCAUGGUGCGACGAUCCUGAGUAACAGGGUCAGCUAUGUCUUCAACCUAUGCGGUCCCAGUUUCACGAUCGACACGGCUUGCUCAUCUUCACUGUACGCGGUCCACAUGGCCUGCCGUGCCCUGGCGAGCGGUGAGGUCAACGGUGCCGUGGUCGGUGGUACGAACAUGAUCCUGGAUGCGGCAGUGCAGAUGUCGGUUGACAAGAUGGGCGUCCUUUCACACACCUCGACCUGCCAUACCUUUGAUGCCUCGGCCGAUGGAUACGGCCGGGCUGAAGGAGUCGGAGCUCUGUACCUGAAGAGGCUCUCGGAUGCCAUCCGCGACGGCGACCCAGUCCGAGGUGUCAUCCGAGGUACCGCUGUCAACGCAAAUGGCAAGACCAGCGGUAUCACACAGCCCAGCGCCAUCGGCCAGGAAGCCGCUGCGCGUGCCGCCUAUGAGUUCGCUGGCAAUCUCAAUACCGAUGACACGUCUUACUUUGAGUGUCACGGAACUGGCACCCCCGUCGGCGACCCAAUCGAGCUGGCCGGCAUCACCAACCUGUUCCUGAAGAACAGCAAGCGGGACUCUCUCUUGGUAGGAGCCGUCAAGACCAAUGUUGGCCAUGCCGAGGCCGCCAGUGCCAUGGCAAGUGUCAUGAAGGUGGUGCUGGCUAUGGAGACAGGGGUUAUUCCCGCCACCAUCGGCAUCAAGAAGUUUAACCCCAAGAUUGAUUUCUCCAAUGGCCGCCUCCAGGUCGUAUCCGACACAACAAAAUGGCCGGCAGGUUACAACGUCCGACGUUCGAGUGUAAACUCGUUUGGAUAUGGUGGUGCCAACGCACACGCGAUCAUUGAGUCGGCCGAGUCGUAUCUGCCGGGGUACAAGUCGUUCAAGCGACGCGGCAACACCACGAAAGCCAUCACCUCAGCCCCGGCCGUCAUUCAGGGCAGCCGUGCGAUCAAUGUCCACGAGCGGACACAUUACCUGCUUCCAUUCUCCGCCGCAGACUUCCCGAGUCUCAAGGCCAACGUUGAGAAGCAUAGGGAGGUGGCAUCGCAGUACGACUUGCUCGACCUGGCCUUCACACUGUCUACCCGGCGCUCGUUUUUCUUCAACCGGGGUUAUGCCAUUGCGUCCGCGGACAGCAUUGCGAGCGACCUUGACUCGGAGGAGAUGACCUUUGGCAAGAGGGGAAACGGUGCCAAGAUCGCCUUCAUCUUCACCGGCCAGGGUGCCCAGACCGCACAGAUGGGAAAGGAGCUGAUGGAGACGGUUCCCAGCUACCUCAAGAGCAUCCGGGACAUGGACCGUGUCUUGCAGAGCCUCGGAGAGGAUGCGCCCGCGUGGAGCAUCGAGGAGGUGCUGCUGGAGCCCAAGGCGACCAGCCAGAUCGACCAGGUCCACCUGUCGCAACCGCUCUGCACCGCUGUGCAGGUCUCACUCGUCAAGCUGCUUCGACAGUGGGGCAUCACCCCGGUGGCCACUGUCGGCCACUCGUCUGGCGAGAUCGCCGCCGCUUAUGCCGCCGGAGCCAUCACCGAGACACAGGCCAUUCUCGCCGCAUACUUCCGUGGUGUUGCUGUCGGCAAGCUGACCACGCAGGGCACCAUGCUGGCCGUGGGUCUGGGGCCCGAGGAGGUUGAGCCUUACCUCGAGCGGGGCAUCCGCAUCGCCUGCUACAACUCGCCCCAGAGCGUGACCCUAAGUGGUGACCAGGACGCCGCUGCGAGGGUCCAGGCCAAGCUCGAGGCCGAUAAGGUCUUCGUCCGUGCUGUGCGGACCAGUGGCCGUGCCUACCACUCUCACCACAUGAAGGAGGUCGGAGGGAUCUACGAGGAGUAUGCCAACCGUGGGUUCGCCCGCCUGGACGCUUUGCAGUUCCCCGAGCACGACAAGGGCGCCCAGCGACCCAUCUUCGUCUCCUCGGUCACAGGCGUGCCCAAGACCGACUUCCAGCCCGGACCGGAGUACUGGAGGGAGAACCUGGAAUCCCCCGUCAGGUUCUCGCAGGCCGUGACCUACGCCGUCGGGAUGGAGGAGCUGGGCAUCAACCACAUCGUCGAGAUUGGUCCCCACUCCGCCCUGGCUGGCCCCAUCCGCCAGCUCCGCGAGAAGCUGGGCCUCAGCUCGCGGGACCUUGAGUACUCGGGCACCCUUGCCCGUGGCGAGAACUCCGUCACCCGCCUUCUCGAUCUCGCGGGAGCUCUGUUCAUUAAGGGAUACCCGGUCGACCUUGGCCGUGUCAACGCCAUCGAGGAGAUCGACAAGUCGGGCAACAUCACCUUGCGGAAAGGACUUCCUCUGGUCGACCUCCCGCGAUACUCUUGGAACUACUCGGCCGGGGAGCUUCGGGCCAAGCACCGCAUCAACCUGGACUUCCAACACCGCAAGUUCCCCCGUCAUGACCUUCUUGGCAGCCUGCUCCCGGGCACGAUCAGGGACCAGGCGCAGUGGCGCAAUAUGCUGGACAUCCACGAGCUGCCGUGGCUGGAGCAGCAUAAGCUGGGUCCUCAGCCGGUCCUCCCUGCGACUGGAUACCUCGCGAUUGCCGUAGAGGCCGCACGGCAGUUCCUCCACGACAAGAUCCAGAUCGAGGGUCCCUUCAAGUACUUCUUCCCGCGGGUCUCGAUCAAGUCGGCACUCAACCUGACCCCCUCCGGCACCCCGACGGAGCUCAUGACAAGCGUGCGCUUCCAGACCGUCUCGAACGCAGUGUCUUCGAAAGAGUGGCUCGAAUUCUCCAUCUCGUCCGUCGUUGAGGGACUAUGGACUGAGCACUGUGUCGGCACCAUUGGAAGGAAGCCCGUUGACACGCCGACUCCCCUGUUCGACGAGAGCAAGGUGCAAGAGCCACGUACUGCCCACACCUGGUAUAGAGGAUUCUCCAGCGUCGGGCUCAACUAUGGUGCUGCCUUCAACGGGCUGAGCAACAUCCGGACUGACCCGUGGGGCAACGAGUGUGUCGCGGACACUAAGAUGCUUCCUAUUGAUGUCCCCGCAGACGAUUCUCGCUACCUCAUCCACCCGGGGACUAUGGACACCGUUCUGCAGGGACUUUUGAUCGCUGCUCACCACGGUUCCCUGACGGGGCUGACCAGGUCUUUUGUCCCGGUUGACUGGGAGGAGGUUUCCAUCUACUCCUAUGAAGGCACGGACAUGCCAGCCGCAGCCCCGGCUGAGGCCAACGGGCGUCUUCUCGCCCAGGGCAAGCAGAGCAGCUUGCGUGCGAUCUACGGUGGCAUCCAGCUCUUUGCGCCUGACGGACGGGUGCUGAUGCAUGCCAAGAAUGUCAACUGUAUCACCUACUCCGAGGGCCUGAACAAGGACCCCACCGAGGAUCGUCACCCGUACCUUCGGGUCCUGUGGAAGCCCGAUGUCGAGACCCUUGAGAAGGGUGCACUUCCAGGGGCCGCAACCGGCAGCCGGCGGGCGUACUCUGCUCUGGAGAAGACCACCCUUGCCCUGUUUGCUCGCAACCUGCAGAAGGCCGCCCAGACGUCAAAGGCACCGUCUGCCGCAGCCCUGGCGGAUGCAAUCUCCGCCCUGAGGCUGGAUGACUUGGUGGAGGCUCAGCCUGAUGCUGCCAGUGUCGACCUGAGCGCCGCCGGUUUGGAUGCCAGCUUCUACCGGCUGGAGGCCAUCUACACCUCCAUGAUGCUUACUCUGAUGGGCGAGGAAGCUCCCGUUGCCAUCGACUCGGCGCCCCUGGAGGACUCUCUGGUCCAGACACUGGACUUGCUUGGUCACAAGUACGCUGGAAUGAACAUCCUCCAGGUCGUCAACUCCGAGGCGGACCUCGAACGGAACCUUCCUGCUCUUCUGCAAGGGGACUCCUCCCUCAAGAGAUACAGGUCUUUUACCUGCAUCGCUGGGUCUGACCGUCUCGUGGAAGCUGCUGAGAACACCUACCAGGAGGGCCGCGAUGUCUCCGUCGAGAAGUCGACUGUUUUCGAGGACGGCAGUUACGGCGCACUGGACGGCGAGACUUUUGACCUCAUCAUCCUGCCGAAUGCUUCUUCCUUGAGCAUCACCGCCGAGGAAGGGCUGCGGCGCCUCCAUCACCUGCUGAGCGAGAAUGGUCGGUUCCUGGUCCACCAGAGCAACAACAAGCGCACCGCUCUUAACGAGCAGUACCGCAAGGUGCUUGACUUCCUGUCCCGGGAGCUGGCUCCAGGCUCUGUGCAGCCUGAUGCCUCGCUCUCCGAAUGGAAGAGCGCUUUUGGUGACCUGGAUAUGGACCUCUGCAUCACUGAUCAUUCUCCAUCUGGAUGGACAUUGCUGUCAGAGCCGCCCCAGAGCUCCCAGCCCUCCCGGGACAUUGUCGUGCUCUCUAGGGGUGCCACUGCUGCUGUCUCGGAGUUCUCGGCGCAGCUUGCACAGAGCGGCCACAAGGUCCAGUCAGCCUCGUUGGCGGACGACCAGUUCGAUGUGAAGCCGGGUGCCAUCUACGUCUCGAUCGUUGAGCUGGGGUCCAGCCUGUUCUACGGCAACCUGAAUGCCACCGAGUUCAAGAACCUGCAGGUCCUGGCCGAGUCAGCGCAGGCAGUCUUCUGGCUCACCUCUGGAGAUCUGCUUGGAAAGGUCGACCCCAACGCAGCCAUAGUCCAAGGCCUGGGCCGUGCCCUGCAGACAGAGAACGUCCAACUGUCCUUCAUCACCAUCGACCUCGACCACUGCGAUGCGGCCAAGGCGGCCAGCCAGACGGCACGAGUCCUUGCGCGAUUCACCAAGGAGACAGACAGCAUCGACAAGGAGUACAUCGUCAAGGACAAUGUUUUCCACGUCAGCAGGCUGGCCCAGGACGCCAACCUGGACAGGGAGUACGCCGAGAUCAUCCACAAGGAGGCGGUGGGCGAGAAAUACGACCCCAGUGAGCCCAUCCGUCUCGACAUCGAGAAGAUCGGCCUGCUCGACACCCUGCACUUCAAGGCCGACGACCGCUCCCGCGAGCUCGCGGCCGACGAGGCCGAGGUCGAGGUCAAGGCAGUCGGUCUCAACAUGAAGGAGUACGCCACCUUCCGCGGCAGCUUCCACUCAGAGUCCCUCAGCCACGAGGGCGCCGGUGUUGUCCGCCGCGUUGGCUCGGGCGUCACCGACGUCAAGGUGGGAGACAAGGUCUGCUGGAUGGGCAAGGGCCUGUUCGGCAACAUCGAGCGCUUCAAGGCCAUCCACCUGCACCAGAUCCGCGAGGAGGAUGGCCUGAGCUUCGAGGAGAUGGCGGGGAUGCCGCUGGUCUUCGCGACGGCCGUCUACGGCCUGCUCCACCUCGGCCGCCUCAAGAAGGGCGAGAAGGUCCUGAUCCACUCCGCCACCGGCGGCGUCGGCCUUGCCGCCGUCCAGGUCGCCAGGAUGGUCGGCGCCGAGAUAUUUGCUACCGUCGGCACGCCGGCGAAGCGCGAGUUCCUGAGGCGCGAGUACGGCCUCGACGACGAGCACAUCUUCAGCUCGCGGGACACCUCGUUCGCUGCCGGCAUCAUGGCUGCCACCGGCGGCUACGGCAUCGACGUCUCGCUCAACUCCCUCGUCCGCGAGCUGCUUGCGGCCUCGUGGAGCGUCAUGGCCCACAAUGGCCGCCACAUUGAGAUCGGACGUACCGAUAUCAUGGAAUUUGGUAUCCUCGACCUGAACGUGUUCAAGCGCAACACGACCUUCAGCGCCUUUGACUUUGGUGUUGUUGCUGACGAUCAGCCACAAACUGUCGCGGAUGUCAUGAAGGAUGUUAUGAAGUACCUGCGGGAGGGCAAGAUCCGGCCCCUCCAGCCACUCGCCGUCUUCCCUGCCGCCGAGGCCGCAGCAGCAUUUGCAGAGUUCGCCAACCCGCACAGGAUCGGAAAGGUCGUCCGAGAGCACAAGAACGCCGUCAGGUUCAGGCCGGACGGGACCUACGUGCUCGUCGGCUGCCUGGGCGGUCUCGGCCGGACCCUCGCCCGCUUCAUGGUCGAGCGCGGCGCGCGCCACCUGACCUUCCUGGGCCGCUCGGGUGCUGACGGCAAGGACGCCGCCGCCAUGGUCGAGAGCCUGCGGGCGCGAGGCUGUGCGGUCCACGUCGUGCGCGGCGACGUGGCCAACAAGCACGACGUCGCGAGGGCGGUCGCCGCGGCCGGCGUCCCCGUCUACGGCAUGGUCCAGGGCGCCAUGGCGCUCGAGGACAAGCUGUUCAGCAAGCUCGACCUCUCCGGCUGGCAGUACCCGAUCGACCCCAAGGUCAGGGGGACGUGGAACCUGCACGAGUGCCUCGCCGGGCAGCCGCUGGACUUCUUCGUCAUGCUCUCCUCCAUCUCCGCCAUGACGGGUGCGCCGACCCAGAGCAACUACUGCGCCGGAAACACGUUCCUGGACUUCUUCGCCCGCUACCGUGCGGGCCAGGGCCUGCCGGCCACGACGGUGGGCCUCAGCAUGGUCCUGGAGGUGGGCUUCGUGUCGCAGAACCUGGCCAUCGAGCAGGGCAUCUCGCGCUCCGGCAUCCACGGCAUCACGGAGAGGGACUUCCUCCUGCUGAUGGAGCAGGCCAUGAGGCCCGGGCGCGUCGGCGACUGGCGCAUCGACCCCGGCGCCAGGAACUUCCUCGUCAGCGGCCUGGAGCCGGCCAAGCUGGCCGAGGACCUCGACGUGCACGGCUUCCGCUUCUGGUCGCAGCCCCGGGUCGGGCCCCUGCUGACCGCCAUCCAGCGCCGGAGCGAGGGCUCGGGGCGAGGCGGGGCAGCCGGCGGCGCCGGCGCGGUCCUCGACCUGCCGGCCAUCCUCGAGGCCACCGUGGACAAGUUCGCCAAGACGUUCAUGAUCCCCGCGGAUGAUGUUGAUCCCCUCAAGGCCCUCGUGGGCUACGGCAUGGACAGCAUGAUCGGCACGGCGCUGCGCAACUGGUGCUUCUCGACCUUUGGUGUGGAUAUUCCUGCCUCUGACUUCAUGGGUCCUGUGCUCACUGCCAAAUCUCUUGCGGAGAAGAUACUCGCGGGCCGCUCUUGA